AUGCCUUCCAUCGCUCAAGCGCCUCUCUCAGUCCCCCGUAUCAACCUCCGUGACUUCUCGGCCCGUCGGGAAGAAAUCAAGGAGCAGCUUAUGUCUGCGGCGAGCGAGAUCGGGUUCUUUACGCUCGUCGGCCACGAGAUCUCGCUCGAGGAGGUCAACAAGGCGUUCGGGCUUGCCGAGCGCUUCUUCGACUUGCCCACAGAAGUCAAGCAGAAGUACCCCUGGUCUCCCCGCAACCAAGGCUACGAGUCCAACCAACAGAUCCGGCCCAGCACCGGCUAUCCCGACCCGAAAGAAUCAUACCAAGUCGGUUUCCAGCGCACGGAGGAGCAGGAGGCGCUUUGGCCGACUGAGGAGGACUGCCCAGGGUUCAGGAGGGAGACGGAGGAGUUUAUGCGCAAGGUGCAGGGGUUGAGCGUGAAGGUGAUGGAGUUGUUUGCCGAGGGUCUUGGACUGCCUGCCAACACCUUCACGGAGGGAACCGUCGCGCCGGAAGGAACUGACAAGGCCGACUCGAUGUCGACGCUGAGGCUGCUCAAGUACCACGACUGCGAAGGGAAGGACUUUGGCGAGGGCUACAUGCGCGCCGGCGCUCACGCCGACUUUGACGUCAUGACUUUUCUCUUUCAACGCAAAGGUCAGAGCGGACUCGAGCUCUGCCCCGGGCGAAAGAUCUCGACCGAGUUUGGGUACGGCGAUACCUGGGUGCCCGUCGACGUCGAGGAGGGCGCGAUUGUCAUCAAUGUCGGCGACCAGCUGAUGAGGUGGUCUGACGACCGCCUGAAGAGCACCUUCCACCGCGUCCGCUGCCCUCGUCCAGGUGAAUACCAAGGGGCGCGCUACUCGAUCGGUUUCUUCAACCAGGCUCGCCGCGACACCGUCAUCCAAGGACCCGCCAAGGCGUACCCGAAGAUCACGGGCGGCGAGUUUAUUGCGCAGGCGAUGAAGCGCAACUUUGAGGCAGCGCAGGCGAAGGCCAAAGCGAAGGCGUACGAGAUCUCGCAGGAAACGAUCGAGGCGAACAAGGGCUUUGAGGUGUCGGGGACGGGGUUGGCACCGGUCAAGGCGGCGGCGUAG